AUGAAUCUCGAUAGUAUUUUUGAAUGGAUUUUAAAGUAGCCUAUUAAUUAUCCAGGUAAGCAUUAGGAUUCACAACCCAGAACUAAUCCUGCUUAUAAGCCACUAGAAGCCAAAGCUCAAUUCCAUAUUAUAUUUAAAGCCACUGGUGAAUAUAUUAGAGAAAAGAUGCUUGAUGGAAAGGGUGUUAACAUGAGAGAUUUUGGUGCAUUCACUUUUGAAAUAUUUUCAGAUACAGUAAAACCUGCUUAACAUUCCAAUUUCGAUAUUGCCAAGGACUUAGAUGAAUAGCGUGCUGAUCGUAAGCAUGUUCACAGAAUUAGACCUUGCUUCGUACCCGAUAAAAAAUUCAGAUAUUCCCUCGCUCGUUAUGCUGGAAAAGAAGAAAUUUCUGCUCCAAAGAGUCAACACUCUAUUUAUCAAAAGGGUUUUGGUAUGAUGUUCUGCAAUGCUGGACCUAUUGCUGCUUCUUGUUAUCUUGGUAAAGAUGUUGUCUCAAGUGCUCAUAAUGCAUUCAUUUAGGCCGUCUCCGAUCUUACAACCUUAGGACAUGGAUUAAAUAUUGAUUUUGGCUUCGUGAAAGUCUACGUAUAAGAUAGAGAUUUAAGAUAUAGUUACAACUAAAAUUUUGCAAAUACAUUGAAUAACAAAAACUUUGAAUACAGACUCAGAAAAUCUGAUACUCCUACUUCAGAACACUGGAACACAACUUACGAAUCAAAAUGGGCUAAAUCUUCACUUAAUAGUUUGUUGAAAAGACCCAACAGCAACUAGGUUAGAAACUAUUAUGAAAAGACCUUAGCUUUAAAGAUUAUGUCAUUGGAUUUGAGUACUGCUGAAUAAACCAACUAUUCUAGAAUCAAGCCUAAACCACAAUAAUUGCCUCCCCUCAAAAAGUGA